AUGGCGGCCGAGGAGGCCGAGGCGCUGCGCGGCGAGGUGGAGGGCCUGCACGCUCAGCUGCAGCAGCAGAGGGACCAGGCUGCGGCGGCGCUGCAGCAUAGGGAUGCGGCGGCGCGGGCCCAACAGCAGGCGCAGCUGCAAAUCCAGGCGCAGCUCCGGCUGCAGCUCCAGCUGCAGGGCGCGGCCAAGAAUCACUGUAUAGGGCAGCUCCAGGAGGAGGUGGUGCGCCGGCAGGCAGAAGCCGGGGAGCUGCAGGCGAAGAUGUCAAUGAAGGACGAGAUCAUUGCCCAGAUGCAGGGGCAGAUGGCGCGCCAGCAGGCGGCAGGCGAGAAGGCGCAGGCGCGGAUCCGGCACCUGGAGGCGCAGCGCGCCGAGCUGCGUAAGGGUUGCAGCGAAUUUGAGGCGGCGGCACGCAGACUGCGCGCCGAAAGCAUCAGGUUGAUAUCAGAAGCGCGCGUCAACGGGGAGCACGCGGCGCGGCUGCAGGGCUACCUGGCGCUGAUGACGGAAGGCGCGGAAACGGCGCGCGGCGAGGCGGAGGCGCUGCGGGGUCAGCUGGCGCGCCUGCAGGCGUGCCUGGGGGCGGUGCGGGAGGAGUGCGCCGCGGUAGAUAGCGACAGCAGUGGCAGCUUUGACGACGACGGAAGCGAGGGCUGGGCUGAGGGCGGCCGCGAGUCCCAGGCGCUCUCAGGCGGCAGCUGCGCUGCCACUACCAGCGGCAGCGCCGCCACUGCCGCCAGCGACAGUGUCGACGAGGCCAGCAGCCGCCCGGCCGGCGAUGCGCAUGCCACCUGCAAGGACGCGCCCGCGGCGGCCGGCGCUUCAGUGCCAAGCGCCACCCGGGCCGAUGGCGCCGGCGCGCUCGCUGCCUGCUGCGGCGCCGACGGCGGUCUGGCCGGCGUUGUGCCGAGCGGCCGUGCGUGCGAGGGCGCGGUCGAAGCGGUCAGCUGCACGCGUGACGACGACUACUGCAGCAUGCCUGAGGCCGGCGUCGACCCUGCCGCCGCCUCCAUUGCCGCCGGCGCGCUGCAGCAGCAAUUCGCCGCCUCAGAGGAGCAGGUGCAGGCGGACGGCGCCAGCUGCAGCAACAGCGAGCAGGGCAAGGACGGCGACGCCUCGGUGGCUGCCGCGCAGGAUUGCUCUGUGAUCGUCAUCGUGCGCGUCGGCUCCCCCUGCGGUCCCAAGGCGGCGGCGCUGGCGAUUGUCGAGGGCCACGACUGCAGCGGCGCCUGCGACGCAACUGACCACGGAGCCGGCCCGCCCGACAUCGCCGAGGCCAUGAAUGCUGGGCGUGAGGGGGCGGCGCCAGGCGUGGGCGCGGGCGCGCGCCCAGUCUGGUGGGGCCGGCUGCGUGGCAGGGCGCGCCAGGCCAAGGCUGCGCUGCGGCGCGGGGUGCUCGCGCCCCUGUGCUUCACCGGGACAGAGGCCGACCGCUUCUGA